AUGGGAGAUUUCAAUAAAAUUGUGCAUAUAGAUGAGAGGAAAGAGAUGAAUAAUUUGUCAACAUCCGCUGAAGACUUCAGAGCAUGGAUAAUUGAUAUGGAGUUGGUGGACUUGACGCUUAAUGAUCGCAAGUAUACAUGGUUUAGAGACCAGUCUUGUAGUCGUAUUGAUAGAAGUUUGGUAAAUCUGGAAUGGCUACACACGUACCCGGAUACUCGACUUAGAGGAGGACCGAGAGGAUUAUCAAAUCAUUGUCUCUUGAUAGUGGAAGAUAGAAGAAUGGUUCAGGGUUCAAGACCGUUUCGCAGCCUAAACUCGUGGUUCACACAUCAAGGCUUUCUAAGAAUGAUGAAGAAAGAAUGGAGGGGUCUGGGAGAUGCACAGUUUCUGGAUAAGUUGAAGGCAUUAUCAAAACUGUUGGGUAGAUGGCACAAGCAGCACUUUGAGAAUAUACCUGAAAAGAUAAAAAAGUUUGAGGAAGAGAUCAAGAAAGUGGACGACAUAGUCAGUAUCGGGAUUUAUGAUGCUACAGUAGAAGCAAGAAGGAAGGCGCUAGUGAGGUGUUGUGAGUUAUGGUAUACGAGAAAAGAUAUACACUGGAAACAAAUAUCUAGGUCUCAACACGCCAAGGAGAUGGACAGGAACACAAGAUAUUUUCACAAUAUUGCAUCAGCAAGAAGAAGGAAUAAUAGGAUUGAGUCUUUAGUGAUUAACGGGAGGCUGGUAAGGAAUCAUGCGAGAAUAAAAGUUGCCAUUAGAGAUUUAUAUAGGAAACUGUUCCAGCAGGAAGCUUCUCCAAAUAUUAUCUUUCGAGAUGGUCUAGUCAAUCGGCUGAAAAUGGAGGAAGCUCAAGCGUUAGAGAUGCCACCGUCGGAGGAGGAAGUAAAGGAUGUUGUAUGGGAUUGCGAAUCAUCUAAGGUACCGGGUAGCGAUGGGUAUAACAUGAACUUUAUAAAAAAGUGUUGGGAGGAGAUUGGAGUAGAGUUCACUAAAGCUGUGAUGACUUUCUUUGAGACGAAAAAGUAUCAGUAG